AUGUCAGACUCUGAUAGUGAAUCCUAACUGCUUUAUCAAUCGAUUGCUGAACAGUAAUAUGAUGUGGAAGAUAAGCAAGUCAUGGUGAGUAGUCUUACAGAUAUGGCUGAAGCAUAAGACGAAUCUAUUCAAAUUAAUUUUGAUAGAGAAAUGAUCUCAAAAUUGGAAGAGGAUAUUGUCUUAUUGCAAAGAAAGAAUAUUUAUCUCACUGAUUAAUUGAAGGAUAGGGACAACUAAAUCGCCCUCCUCAAAGAGAAAUUGCAAAAGCAAACUGCUAUUAAUGAAACUCAUCAAAUUGCUGAAGUAUAACUAAAAUAAUAAAUUGAAGAAUUAAAGAUAAAAAUUACAGAACUUCAUUAUCAAAAGGCCAUGAGUCAAACUAAAGUUCAGACUAUUCCUAAAAUUAAUUUAGAUUUUAGUUGGGUUAAUCAUAUCGAAAGAGAUCAUUCUCAUGAUGGGUUGUUAGAACGUUAUGAUCAGAUGAAAGUUGCUAAGCGACUUGCACCCAUCUAAAUUAAACAGCCCAAUUAAAUACAGCAUAGUCCCUAUUUCGAACAGUUAUCUGAAAGGAAACCUAUCACAUAAAGAAAACGUCCUAAUAAUUAAUGA